CUCAGUCAGUGCGCAAAUCCCAGCAGCAGCAGCAGCAGAAGCAGAGAAACAGCGCUGCUUCUCUGCUUCUCUGCUCUCACUCACACAGACAGAGGUUCUCUCUCUGCCUGAGCUGCGGUUCUAUCCAUCACCGGCGGAGGAGGAGGAGGAGGAGGAGGAGGCUGCUGAAGCUGCGCCGGACCUGAACCAAGCCGGGCUUCGCUCCUGCUCCUGGAGUCCUCCGUAUGGGCUCACCAUGCGCAGGAUACGCGCCAACGCCAUCGCGAUUCUCACCGUCGCGUGGAUCCUGGGGACGUUUUAUUACCUGUGGCAGGACAACAAGCCGCAGGCGUCGUCGUCGCAGUCGGCGGCGGCCGCUGCCGCUGCUGCUGCUGUGAGCCGCGGCAGGAGCCACGGGCAGAAGCUGGUGUCCGGGCGGCUGGAGAUCCACCGGGACGACAGGACCAUCCCACUGAUAGUGACUCAGCCUCCGCGGCCCGAGCAGCAGGCUCAGCUCCUGGGCAGCUUCGAUGACAAGUCCUACCUGGCAGUGAAGCAGCUGAAGCCCGGCGACGACCCGUACAAAGAGCACGCGUUCAAUCUGCAGGAGAGCGACCGCCUGGGCAGCGAGCGAGCGAUCAGAGACACCCGGCACUACAGGUGUGCUUCUCUGAGUUACGACGCCGACCUUCCCUCCACAAGCGUCAUCAUCACUUUCCACAACGAGGCUCGCUCCACUCUCCUCCGCACUAUUAAGAGCGUCCUGAUGCGGAGUCCCCCGUCUCUGAUUCAUGAAAUACUCCUCAUCGACGACUUCAGCUCUGAUCCUGACGACUGCCAGCUGCUGUCUCAGAUCCCCAAAGUCCACUGCCUGAGGAACAGCAGGAGAGAGGGUCUGAUCCGCUCACGUGUGAGAGGGGCCACCACGGCCACGGCCGCCAUUUUGACCUUCUUGGACAGUCACUGUGAGGUCAACGCCGACUGGCUGCAGCCGAUGAUCCAGCGAGUCAAGGAGGAUCAUACGCGUGUGGUCAGCCCCAUCAUCGAUGUCAUCAGCCUGGAUAACUUCGCCUACUUGGCUGCCUCUGCGGACUUGAGGGGAGGGUUCGACUGGAGUCUCCACUUUAAAUGGGAGCAGAUUCCCAUCGAGCAGAAAAUGGCGAGGAGUGACCCCACACAGCCAAUCAGGACGCCUGUCAUCGCUGGUGGGAUCUUCGUCAUGGACAAAAGCUGGUUUAACCACCUGGGCCAGUAUGACACUCACAUGGACAUCUGGGGAGGAGAGAACUUUGAGCUUUCUUUCCGAGUGUGGAUGUGUGGUGGGAGUCUGGAGAUUCUUCCAUGUAGCCGCGUGGGUCACGUGUUCAGGAAACGGCAUCCGUACGACUUCCCCGAUGGAAACGCUCUCACGUACAUAAGGAACACGCGGCGGACUGCCGAGGUCUGGAUGGACGAGUUUAAACAGUACUACUACACCGCCAGGCCGUCGGCCCAGGGCAAGGCCUACGGGAGCAUCACUGACCGUCUGACUCUGCGGCGAAAGCUGAACUGCAAACCUUUCCGCUGGUACAUGGAGAACAUCUACCCUGAGCUGAGGGUUCCUCAGCAGGACGCUGUGUCCAGUAUAAUGAAACAAGGUGGUUUGUGCCUGGAGAGUCGCGGGGCCGACGUGCUGACGCUGGCAGAGUGCAGGGUCACUGGAGGCAACAGGCCGCAAUCACAGAAAUGGGAGCUCAUAGAGCCACUGAUCCGACAGCAGGACCUCUGCUUGGCCAUUUCCUCCUUCGCCUCAGGGUCAAAGGUCAAGAUGGAGCCCUGCAAUACAAAAGAGCCCAGACAGAAGUGGAGGCCAAAGGGUCCAGCCCUGCAGCACAUGGUCAGCGGCCUCUGUCUGGACAGUCAGGCCCUGACAGGACCUCCUGUUAUCUCCCAGUGUCGCCCCCAGAUGGCCAGCCAGACCUGGGAGCCACAGAUUAUCACCUGAGCCACAUGAUAGCUGAUGUAGCGGAGGGAGAGAGGGAGGGAGGGGGGUGGGGGGGGGCAGAUUCUGGACCCAGCCUUGAGAAGGACUCAGGGGAUCCCGCACACCGUCUCUCAUCUUGUUGAGGGUGUGAACGGACUGAGAACUGUACUUUUGUGACGUCCCGCUCACGUCACACGGCCACUUUUAAAAGGCCUUGCAGAGCCUUUUUGUUUCCCAUCUGUACAGAGCUUCAUCCUGCAGCUCCUGUGUGUAAUCUAAUGGCACUUUUCCAUUAUGCAGUUAUAGCCCCUACUUGGCUCUACUCAGCCUGGGUAUCAGACACUUCAUAGUACCUCCUCAACGUGGGUGGGAUCGUCAUAGCGCGGCUGUGCGAACCUGCCGCGACGUCGUUUUUAUACGCGGUUUAUUGUUGGGUUUCUUGUGUCGGACGCUGCGCUCGUCCAGCGACGACACUCUCCUGUGCGGUCUGUUGACGUCACAUUAUAGUGUUGGCUCAGCUCACCUGGAACCUCGCCAGAGCAGGUACUCAAAGAAGCACCAGGUUCCAGGUACUACUGCGAAUAGCAAAAGCAAAAGAAAUUAGUAGAGUCGAGCCGAGCUGAGCCAUGCUAGAACUACAUAAUGGAAAAGCCCCAUAAAAAUGCCCUAUUCAGACCUGGUACUAACACCUCGUAGAGCUGGGUAUCAAACUUAUUUA